AUGGGUGGUAACUUGGUUACUAAAUACCUUGGAGAAUCUCGUCAUAAUAGACCAAGUAGUGUUAUUGCUGGAGUAUCCAUAUGUCAACCAUAUGAUGCGUUGAAGGCUACUGGUGUUUUAUUACAUUGGCAAAAUUUCCGAAGACUUUAUUUGUACGCAUUAACAGAAGCAAUAAAAGCUUUAAUUUUAAAACAUAGAAGUAAACUAUUGGCCGAUGACAUUAAAGAACAAUAUUCAUUAAUUGAAAAAGAUAUAAUAUCUGCUGCUACAUUACCAGAACUUGAUGAUGCUUAUACCAGAAAAGUCAAUAAUUUUAAAAACCUUCAUGAGUUUUAUCGAUGGUCGAGUUGCUUGCAUUACAUAAACAACGUAAAAACACCAAUGAUAUUUAUUAAUUCAAGAGAUGAUCCAUUGGUGCCAGAAGAUUUAUUAAUACCUAUUCAAAAUUUUGCAAAAUCAAAAGACAACAUAUUGUAUAUGGAACUGAUGCAUGGUGGUCACCUUGGAUUCUUUGAAGGCGGAUUUAUGUAUCCUAAUCCUAUAGCAUGGUUGGAUCGGACCUUAGUAACAUUAUUGCCGGGACUCAGAGAACAUUGUCUUGAUGAUAUGAAAAAAACAGCAGUUUACUGA